CAAAGAGGGGGCCCCAUCCGCCACCGCUGCCUUCCCAAUGGCGGGGUUCGCCGGCGACGACCCCUUCGGCAUCGGCUUCGGCUUCGACUUCGAGGACGACGACGACUACGACCCGUUCGACGACUACGGUGGCGACGGAGAUGAGGAGGAGGGACUAAUCGGCGGCCCCGUCGACGACGGCGAGGAGUUCUGCAUCUCAGGUUUCGCCUUCCGCGACGGCGAUGGCGAUGGGGCCGACGUCUUCAUGGGCGAGGACCACGCGUCCCAGCCCUCCGACGAGGAUCCCAUUCUCGAAACCCUAGGCCGCUCCUUCGACUCCGACGGAGGCUUCAGCCAAUUCAUCCCCCACCUCGUGUCUGCCUUGGACGCCUCCGAGGAGGAGGAUGAGUUAAUCGCACGGAAUUACCAGGGCGGCGGAGGGCUCGAACUCGAGCGGGGGGCGGUCAUCGAGGAGGCUGCCGCCGCCGCCGACGACGUCGACGAUGGGAUCGGGCUUAUGCUGAGCGGGUUCAGCCUCGAUCCGCGGCCGGUCGUUGGGGGCUUCCAGACGCUGGUGGACACCGAUGAGGCGGUCACCAGCGACGACGAUAUGGGCGAGGGGGGAGGGCUCGUGCUGGGCGGCGGGUUCGACCUCGUGGCGCCACAGGUCGUGCGGCCCGGCUGGAUGGUGAUGGGCGCCGCGGACACCGACGACGCCGACUUCAACCUCAUCGAGAUGAUCGCGGGGCAAGUUGGGGAAGCCGUGCGGCGGCUGCCGGCGUCCCGCGCAGCGGUGGAGGGCUUGCAGGAGGUUGUGCUCAGCGAAGAGGAGGCCUCGCAUGGCUGCGCCGUGUGCAAGGAUUGCAUCGCGGCGGGGCUGAGUGUCCUAAGGCUCCCCUGCAAGCAUUACUUCCACACGGAGUGCAUUCGGCCGUGGCUCGCCAUAAAGAACACUUGCCCGGUGUGCCGAUUCGAGCUCCCCACCGGUGAUGCGGAGUAUGAUCGGCGACAGAGGAGUAUUGCAUCCGUGGCACAACAGGCGGAACCAGUGCAGAGUGGAGACACAAACACCGGGAAUGCAGUGGGCGGAGGAGAUGCAGCUGAAUGCUCAGGAAAUAGACCUGAGCAAGGCGCAUCUUGAUGGGGCGGUAGCAGAGGACUGGCUACCUGAUGCCGACUAACAGGAUGCUGAACUAACCAGCUGAGUGCCUGAGUAGAUUGAACUCGUCAACGGUUCCUGUCAGUGGCACUAUGAACGACUUCAACGUUCACUGUGUAUUUACUAUAUUUUUAUGUUAGUGUCAAGAAUUGUUCAACCUCUGCAGCUUGAUAUGCUCAGUUCUAGUCAACCCAAUAACCUUUUCACCACCUCAGUUUGGCAUGAAUGUAGCAAUUUUUUUCUAAUC